AUGGCUCACACAGCUGCUGGCAAGGAGGUCCACGCACACUCCGACGUGGCGCCUCAGUCCUUCACGCCUUGGCAGUAUGUCUGGAAGUCCCGCGUGCCGCUCAUUGCGGUGCCCGUCCUGGCGGGCUUGAGGCAGCUGCCCCCCCGCCCUGUCGCCGAAGACACGCUGUCCAGCAUCCUCUUAGAGGUGGCGCUGCUCUGCGGUCUGGCAGUUGGGUCAGGCUACGUGCGCCUGCCCUUCUCGGCAACCUGGUGGCUGGUUUUGCUGGCGGCCCUCAUCACCCAAACCAGGUUCAUUUUGGGCGUGGCGACCGUCCUGUCGCUCAGUGUGCUCCUGACCUGGUACGGCCUUCGCCUGCAGCAUGCCGCCGCAGUCACGGCGCUCUGGGGAGGCGGCGUCUUGACCAGCCCGUGGUCUCGGCUGUUCUGGCAGUCUUGGGACCUCUGCGUGCACGGGCUUCCUGCCCUGGCGAUGCUUUGGUUCCACGGGCCGUGUCUGGGCCUCUCCGGGCCCAUGGGACCUGGCCCGGUCACCGCCAGCGCUGCCGCUGCCGCGCUGCCGCUGUCCCUGCUUUGGCUUUUCGGGCUGUGCCUGGGCCUUCCCGAGUUCAAGUGCAACCUUUGCCAGACUCGUCUUGCCUAUCGCAUCGCCCCUGGCCUCCCUAAAGAGGCUUGGCGUUGGGUGCACGGCUCCCAUGGCUUCGUCUGCUUAGCCUGGUUCCUCUCCUUGGCCCUGCCUUCGCCUGCUGCAGGCAUCUACGGCCUCUUUGCCUUCAUCGGCCUCAUCCGGCAGCCCUUCACGCUGGGUUGGUGGUGCCUUUUUCUCACCAGCCUUUGGUUCACGUUUGGCCAGGAGAUGUCCAGGACGGGCUCGAGUUUGCCCGAGCCCGCUCUGCAGCUUCUGCAGGGCAUGACGUGCUGCUGCGCAGCCACGACUGCGACAGGCUUCUACGGGGUCCAGGUUCUGGCUCCGCACGCCUUCGCCUCGCUGAUCGACACCUGGAUCGUGGACCCAAUGGUGCACGCCUGCCCGAGCCAUUCGGCGCUCAUCCGCCGCAUCGCCGCCACGCGGAGCUUCCGUGCGGCCACGCGUUUAGGGGACUGCUUUCUGCAUCUUUUCCCAACCACAGGGGCAAUCCUCCUCUUCUGGCCCAGCGUGACCGCUGCGGCGGCGUUUUUGUCUUUGCCUGCGAAUUUGAUCUGGCUGCUGAGCACAGGCUCCUGGUCGCUGGACGCUACGAACCGGCUCUAUGGGGUAAAGCCGCCCCUGAAAGCCGCCACCCUCCACUUCGUGUAUGGCAGCCAUUGGACCCUCUGCUUGGGUCUUGGCGCACUCUGCCUGGCAGCCGGGAAGUGGUGA